AUGUCAAAGGGCGUCUUUAUUUUUGUAACUAUUCUGAUUCUUCUUGGCUGUGGAUCAACUUUGAAUUACCCCGAGCUCAAUCCAGAGCUUCAAAUGUACCAGGAUUUAUCUAAGGUAUUCCCACUCAGCGAAACCUGGUACAUGCUGUACAGGAACUACGAGGACGACCCAGCAUUUGGAACUUCUAAAUGCAUAAGAUUCUCCCAGGUGGGACCUGAAGAGGAGGGUGGAUAUCCUGCACUAGUUGAGUAUGGAGACGAGCCACAAACGGCGAACGCGCUAUACACGCUUGAAUCAACUGAAGGUUAUACCGCGAAGAAUCAGUUAAACUUUCUCCCCGAGGGCCAAGAUGAUUCACUGCCCCUAUACCUGUCUUAUAUGGAUUUUGGGAAGUGCGCUGUCUACAGGAGCAUCUACGUUAACGAAGAUGCCUGCUGCGUCGUCGGUCCGAAAAGUCAACUUGGGCAAAGUUCAACCUGCGAUUUCGUUCACGACCUUCUGUGUGGUACCAAGAAAUAUUAUAUUUCUGACGACAGUUGUCAAAAUGGAGAUUGA